AUGGCAAAAGCAUUCUGUACAUUGGCAGUUCUCUUGGUAUCCGCUUCUCUCGGAUCAGCUAAAGAUCUGAAACGAUCAAAGAGACAACUGCAAGUGUAUUACAUGUGCAACGGUGGUGUUUCACAGUAUCCAUGCAGUUCAAACAACAACUGCAAUUACAACAAUUGCAAUUUCAACAACUACGGAAAUCAAGUGAUCCUUCCUAACUCUUUCUACAACCCAGGAAUGAAUUGCAAUUCAAACUGCAAUAACUUGAACUGUAAUCAAUACUCAGGAUCAUGGCUUAAUGGACAAUACGUCGCCUACAGCAUGGGAUCAAAUGUGUACUCUCCAUGUGCCAGCUCUUGUUGUUCAAACAAUAACAAUGGUUAUAAUCCGUACGCGACAAUCUCCACAAACAACAACAAUGGAAACUAUAAUCCAUAUAACACUCUUCCAAUCAAUGGAAACCUUCCAACAAACACCAAUACCAAUACCAACACAAAUGUGAACCAAUAUUUGCCAUAUGGAUCUCAACAAUUCACUGGAACUUAUCAAAACGGACAAUUCUUCUGUGGAGCCACCGAGCCAUCUGGAGGUGUCUGCCGUAACAACGGAGUCUGCCCAUCCGGACACAGUUGUGUUGCUGGAAAUGUCUGCUGUCGUUGUCCAGUUGGAUCCAGUGCUGGAAACUGCAACCAACAAAGUGAUUGUGCUGCUGGAUACGAGUGCAUGAGCACCGGAUACUGUUGUCCAUCUCAAAUCACAUCUGGAACUAAACUUGAAACAUGCUUGAAUGGGCAAUGCCCUCUUCCAGGAUACACUUGCGGUGUUGGAGAUUUGUGCUAUCCUGAUAGCUACUUUUUGUAA